AGGGGUUAGCUUUGUCGAAAUAUAAGUAGUGCUCUUCUCAUUUCAUUACUCGUGCUAGGAGACAAAAAAGAAGUCAUAACAGAAAAAAAUGUUUUAAGAAAAUAUAUAUAAUUUUUUUCGAUAUUCUUGCAACAAUUCAUUUAGUUUUACGUAUUGUGUGAAUCAUCUGAUGUUGAUAUGAAGUUGCUACACACUUUUAAAUUUAUUCUACAUUUCAUGUAGUAUUUCAUAUUUGUGUACCAUCAUAUGUUAAACAAUAAGUUGAAUGCAGCAAGAUUCUCCCUAUACAAUGAUUGGUGCCAAUUUAAGAUUUGGCAUUGGGGCUUCUGGAAAUGUUACUUCGAAUGCAACUAAAAUUUUUCAGUGUCAUCCAGGAGGAAAGACAGAAGCGACAAUUAUUUUUGGCUUAGGGACACUAGGAAUGAGUGCAAAUAUUUUAUUGAUGUCGCUGAUAUUAAUUAAACAACAGUUACGAAGAUGGUCACAAGGACUUUUAUUUCAUCAAGCAUUUAUUGACUGUUCAAGAGCUGCUAUACUUUUACCCCUUGGUUCAAGCAUUCUUAAGUGUCAACCGAUAAAUAAGUGUUCUUUGGUUGAAACAGCUUUUUUAUUGUUAGUAACUGUAUCAACAGUAAACAUGUUAACUAUUGUACUGAAUGAUAGUCCAGUGUUUCCUGAGUGUGACGAUGAGCCGGAAUUAACUGUCCCGCUACUAAUGGAUUCGCCACAGUGCGUACUUUUUGGUACGUUUAUGAUAUGGUUUGCCAGUAUCACCAUUAAUUUGGGUCCAACUUUCUUAAGUGGAGCUCUAGCAGCAAAUACGGAUACAGUACAAAAUGCACCAAGCUGUCCAUUAGUGCAUGGACCUUUUCGUCAUUACAUAUUGAAUGUACUAUGGAUUGCUGUUAAUAUAAUUUGCAUUGUAUUAACAUUAUUUCACUUAAAAAAAUUGCACAGGGAUUUAACAAAAGCAAACGUUGAAGCGGUAAGAGUUGCUGGUCUUGUCACUACACUUGUUAGUGUAACAGGUGGGCAUAGCGUAAUGGAAGGAACAAUUACUGAAACAAGGCCGACUAAUAGUGCAUCUAAGGAUGACGGAGCAAUAGCAGAACAUCGUAAAAUGAGAAAUUAUUUUCGACGCAUGGAAAGAGAUGGCGUGCAAAGAGUAAAAAUGUUCUUAGUAAUAACAGCUGCUUAUGUUAUUUUUUGGGGACCCCUCUUUUUUGUGACUUUGGUACAUCACCCUUCCAUAGGAAACGCUACUGGCUAUGAGGUAACACUUCAUAUAGCAUACGUUCAUGCAUUUGUAAAUCCAGUUUUGUUUUUAACUCUUCAUCGAGGACUUCGGAAUUGUUUAAUGGAUUUUUGCUGUGGUUGCUGUAUUACCGUUAUAAAAUAUAUGUUAGAUACUCCAUCAACCAUUCCUGUAGAAUCUGCACCCUCGGCAAUAUAUGAAGCAUCUACUACUAUACCUAUGCAACCGGAGUCUGACUUCAGAGAACGUAUUUCCAAUCUGCAUGACUUCAAAAACAUUGUUUUACUAAAACCGCCGCUUCCGCCACUACAGAAGGCCCAAUUUAAAGAACAUGCUGUUCCGGAAAAUAUUUGGAGUUCAGUUUGCAGACAAAAAAUAAGUGAUCAACAUGAAGAACAAACAUUCAGAAUCCCCGAAGCAUUACUUCCGCCAACACUAGACAUCAAUGAAAUGCAUUGUGUGUUUACACCUGCGAGUAGCGAUAUAUCAAGUGAAUAAACAUAAAACUAGUGCACUGUAAUAAAUAGAAAAUCACCAUAGACAAAUUUUUUGCAAGUGAUUAUUUCUAAAUAAAAUUUGUGUUUAUUUCAUAAUAAAUAUUCAUUGUUAAAAAUAAAUUGUACUUCAUAAAUUUUCUCUUUUCAUAAUUAU